CUCCAGUGUCCCAGAAUGCUGCUGUUCCCGGAAGUGUCUCCUGAGGAGAGGAGUCGGGCCUGUUGUGGUUGCCAUGGAGGACGACGAGCUGGACUUGGCCGACGACCUGGAGGACGCCCUGCAGCUGGCGCCUGAGGUGCAGCUGGCCAUCGAGCAGGUGUUCCCCAGUCAAGAUCCGCUGGACAGAGCCGACUUCAACGCCGUGGAAUACAUCAACACGCUUUUCCCAACUGAGCAAUCUUUGGCAAACAUUGAUGACGUGGUGAAUAAGAUCAAGCUGAAAAUAAGACGGCUAGACGAUAAUAUUCGGACGGUGGUGAGAGGGCAAACCAAUGUGGGUCAAGAUGGCCGCGAGGCUCUUGAGGAAGCGCAGAAGGCAAUUCAGCAGCUCUUUGGGAAAAUUAAAGACAUCAAGGACAAGGCAGAGAAGUCGGAGCAGAUGGUUAAAGAAAUCACCCGGGAUAUUAAGCAAUUGGACCACGCCAAACGCCACCUGACCACUUCCAUUACGACGCUGAACCAUCUACACAUGCUGGCCGGUGGAGUGGAUUCCUUGGAGGCCAUGACGAGGAGGAGGCAAUAUGGAGAAGUUGCCAACCUUCUCCAAGGUGUCGUCAAUGUGCUAGAGCAUUUCAACAAGUAUAUGGGGAUCCCACAGAUCCGACAGCUUUCGGAAAGGGUGAAGGCAGCCCAGAACGAGCUGGGGCAACAGAUCUUGGCCGACUUUGAAGAAGCCUUUCCUUCUCAAGGCACAAAGAGGGCCGGCGGGGCCAGCAACGUCCUCCGGGACGCGUGCCUGGUUGCAAACGUCUUGGACCCUCGCAUCAAGCAGGAGAUCAUCAAGAAGUUUAUCAAGCAGCACCUCUCCGAGUACCUGGUGCUCUUCCAGGAAAACCAAGAUGUUGCCUGGCUGGAUAAAAUCGAUCGGCGUUACGCUUGGAUCAAACGCCAGUUCGUGGACUAUGAGGAGAAAUACGGGCGCAUGUUUCCACCGGAAUGGUGCAUGACGGAACGCAUCGCGGUGGACUUCUGCCACAUCACAAGGACGGAGCUUGCAAAGAUCAUGCGAACCCGAGCGAGGGAAAUUGAAGUGAAACUCCUCCUGUUUGCCAUCCAAAGAACGACCAACUUCGAAGGUUUUCUCGCCAAACGCUUCUCUGGCUGCACCUUAUCUGAUACUAUUGUGAAAAAGGUUGAAUCACCUUUAGCCUCCACCAACCCCUUCCUGGAAGAUGACACCUCUCCAGAGGCAGAUGAUGUCACAUCGGAAAAGGCCGAUAUUGACAAGCCCAAAAAGCCAAAGGCUCCAGACAAUCCAUUCCACGGCAUCAUUUCCAAGUGCUUCGAGCCCCAUCUUUAUGUCUAUAUCGAAUCCCAGGACAAAAAUUUGAGUGAGCUGAUUGACCGCUUUGUUGGGGAUUUCAAAGCGCAGGGGCCUCCCAAGCCCAACGUGGACGAAGGCGGGGCCGUCCUGCCCAGCUGCGCCGACCUCUUUGUCUACUACAAGAAGUGCAUGGUCCAGUGUUCGCAGCUCAGCACCGGCGAGCCCAUGAUCGCCCUGACCACCAUCUUCCAGAAGUACCUCCGGGAAUAUGCCUGGAAGAUACUCUCGGGAAACCUGCCCAAAACCAGCAGCGGCGGGGGCGGGCUGACCAUCACCAGCUUGCUGAAGGAGAAAGAAGGCUCGGAGGUGGCCAAGUUCACACUGGAAGAGCUCUGCCUCAUUUGUAGCAUCCUGAGCACGGCGGAAUAUUGCCUGGCAACAACACAACAGCUUGAAGAAAAGCUCAAGGAGAAAGUCGACACCAGCCUCGUGGAAAGGAUCAACCUGAUGGGAGAGAUGGAUACCUUCAGCAUAGUCAUUUCCAACAGUAUCCAGCUUCUGGUGCAGGAUUUGGAUGCCGCCUGUGACCCGGCGCUCACCGCCAUGAGCAAGAUGCAGUGGCAGAACGUGGAACACGUUGGAGACCAGAGUCCGUACGUCACCUCCGUCAUCCUCCACAUCAAGCAGAACGUCCCCAUCAUUCGUGACAACCUGGCCUCCACCCGGAAGUAUUUCACACAGUUUUGCAUCAAGUUUGCCAACUCCUUCAUCCCCAAGUUUAUCAACCAUCUCUUCAAGUGCAAGCCGAUCAGCAUGGUGGGGGCAGAGCAGCUCCUGCUGGACACUCAUUCUUUGAAGAUGGUUCUGCUGGACCUGCCCUCCAUUGGGUCCCAAGUGGUGAGGAAGGCACCUGCCAGCUACACCAAGAUUGUGGUCAAGGGCAUGACCCGGGCGGAAAUGAUCCUCAAGGUUGUCAUGGCCCCGCAUGAACCCGCCAUCGUCUUUGUGGACAACUACAUCAAGCUCCUAGCUGACUGCAGCACGGACACGUUCCAGAAGAUUCUGGACAUGAAGGGUUUGAAGCGGAGCGAGCAAAGCGCCAUGUUGGAAUUGUUCCGCCAGAGGCUGCCGGCCCCUCCUUCGGGGCCCGAAAGUGCCAGCUUUGUCUCCCUGACGGCCCCAACGCCCGAGCAGGAGUCCUCGCGCAUCCGGAAACUGGAAAAACUUAUCAAGAAAAGGCUCUAGAGGUUCUCCCUUUUCCUCUUGUUUUUUUCCCCCUCAACAAAAAGAUGCUGCUGGUAACCAGGGCUCUAUUUCCUCUAACUCACGGGAGCAUAUUUUAGUUGGUAUCAUCUUGAUGCUGCUGGUAACUGGGGCUCUAUUUCCUCUAACUCACGGGAACCUAUUUUAGUUGGUAUCAUCUUGAUGCUGCUGGUAACCAGGGCUCUAUUUCCUCUAACUCACAGGAGCAUAUUUUAGUUGGUAUCAUCUUGAUGCUCCUGGUAACUGGGGCUCUAUUUCCUCUAACUCACAGGAGCAUAUUUUAGUUGGCAUCAUCUUGAUGCUCCUGGUAACUGGGGCUCUAUUUGCUCUAACUCACGGGAGCAUAUUUUAGUUGGCAUCAUCUUGAUGCUCCUGGUAACUGGGGCUCUAUUUCCUCUAACUCACGGGAACCUAUUUUAGUUGGUAUCAUCUUGAUGCUGCUGGUAACCAGGGCUCUAUUUCCUCUAACUCACAGGAGCAUAUUUUAGUUGGCAUCAUCUUGAUGCUCCUGGUAACUGGGGCUCUAUUUCCUCUAACUCACAGGAGCAUAUUUUAGUUGGUAUCAUCUUGAUGCUCCUGGUAACUGGGGCUCUAUUUCCUCUAACUCACAGGAGCAUAUUUUAGUUGGCAUCAUCUUGAUGCUGCUGGUAACCGGGGCUCUAUUUCCUCUAACUCACAGGAGCAUAUUUUAGUUGGCAUCAUCUUGAUGCUCCUGGUAACUGGGGCUCUAUUUCCUCUAACUCACAGGAGCAUAUUUUAGUUGGUAUCAUCUUGAUGCUCCUGGUAACUGGGGCUCUAUUUCCUCUAACUCACAGGAGCAUAUUUUAGUUGGCAUCAUCUUGAUGCUGCUGGUAACCGGGGCUCUAUUUCCUCUAACUCACGGGAGCAUAUUUUAGUUGGUAUCAUCUUGAUGCUGCUGGUAACCGGGGCUCUAUUUCCUCUAACUCACGGGAGCAUAUUUUAGUUGGUAUCAUCUUGAUGCUGCUGGUAACCGGGGCUCUAUUUCCUCUAACUCACGGGAGCAUAUUUUAGUUGGCAUCAUCUUGAUGCUGCUGGUAACCGGGGCUCUAUUUCCUCUAACUCACGGGAGCCUAUUUUAGUUGGUAUCAUCUUUGAAGAUCCACACGUUACACCAUAACCCAUUGUGGGAGCAAUAGUUCAAAGUAUAUUUAUUACAUAUAUGUACAGUACUGUAAAACAACACCAAGAUUGGGAACUGAGUGCUUGGUACCAACUUCAGUGGCAGUGGGGUAUUUACUUAACCAUUGUCUUGAACGAAACUGUCUCAGAUCGCUGUCCGCCAAACAGCAACACACUGAGACCCUGCCUUAAUAAUAAUAAUAAUAAUAAUAAUAAUAAUAAUAAUUAUUAUUAUUAUUAUUAUUAUUAUUAUUAUUAUUAUUAUUAUUUCUUAUACCCUGCAGCUUACAUGGGACAAAGCCCUGAUUACCUAUCCUUUGAAUACACUCCUCAUCUUCCGAGACAUGGUACUCCGCAUCACUCUCUCUUUCUUGUUUUUGUGGCUAUUUUUCCAUCUUAAUAACUGUUUUUGUUGGCGACCCUUCUCUUCUCUGCCUGUUGGCACCUUAGUGGACCCACAACAUUGUUUUCAGGCUAUUAGUUGCCAGUCCUGAAUGCGAACAGCCUUCUUCCUUGCCCGGAGUCCUCUCACGCCUUCCUUUGGCCCUUUGAUCCACUUCAUUUUCAACCUGGGCGAGGACAGUGUUUACACUUGAUAUGGAUCAACCUCCAUCGCCUACAUCAAGGCGGGUGUGACUUUUGUGCCACCUUGGAUUUACGAGCCGCCUUUCACUGCAAACUAGCUUCGAAAAAAACAGUGUCCUUUCCCUCCGUCCUUUGCAUUGCAAAUAUUUUAGGCACUAAAACAGAGGACCCGCGAAUGUAAAUUAGGAACCCUCCGGUAGCUAUGUAAAUUGCUUCUCUUCCUUCCCCUGUUUUUGUCCUUGUUGUUGGAUAAACUAGCAGAAGAAAACUCCAUUUCCUUAUUUAUCAGAACCUUCCCAGUCUCAGCGUGAGGAGGAAGUCUCAAGUUGUACAUUUUCUAUCAAAAAUAAAAGAACUCUUCUGCU